AUGAGCCUUGCCCAAGACGGUCUAUACUGUGAAGCUCGACAUUUUGCGACCUGGGUCAAGGAGAGGACCACCGAGACGGAUUACCUUGAAAAGGUUAUCAGCGAUAUCACCGGCCGGAUGACGGUACCAAUUAGCGAAGCCGUUUUCUCUAGGUUGGUUACAUCGGUUGGGGCUUGCAAUUGGUGGUCCGAGUGUGUAACGUGCGAGGAGCUCUUUACUUCGUCCAAUCGCUCCAAGAACAUGGCUCCCAAUGGGGUGGAGGUCAUUGUAAACUCUAGCGCUUCGCACGCCGAGUUGAGAAAACUCAACAACCGACUCAGCCUAAUCCAGGACUACACUCGCAAACUGGGAGUGCCGAGCUCACUCCUCUCUCUGAAGGUGUCCCAAAAAGAUGAAUCUGAGAACGAAAUAAGCCUGACGCACGACGAAUUCAGUGCAUUCAGAGUAUUAUGGAAGGUGGAAAAAUUCGGCCCACAGUCCUGCUACUUGAAACUGCUGGUCGAAUGGCAGUAUCUUGGAUGCGGCCCCCUCCAGAUCGCCACCAAGGCGAUGAGGUUCUUCCGAUUCUACGCAAUGAACCGAUAUAAGAGCACGAUUGUGACGCCCAACAUGCACAUGAGCGCAUACAACCCGGAUAAUAAUCAUCUGGAUCUUGAACAAUUUCUCUAUGACAUUGGCUGGCCAUGGCAACUUGAUAAGUCAGAGAGCACCCCAGCGCCCCAGAGAAAGCCCUAG